UCUGUUUCCCUCCCUCCACAUCUUUAAAAUCUUUUCCCCCGUAGAACUUUGGCCGCAUAUAGUACUCCACUACAGUGUCCUAGUAUUAACCGGGGAAAGAAAGCAAACUUGCUGAACUAGAGUAGGCGUCUCCUCUUGUCUGUCUUCUUCCUCGUUUCGUGGCCAAGCCAGCAAACCAAGAAACGGAAGCAAAGACCGGCCAAACAAGAAGAGCCGAGCCGAGCUCCUCUCACAUGGAAGGGAGGGUGGGCAUUGCGGUGGCAGGUGGCCAUGAGGCCGGCCUCGGCCUGUUCAGAGAUGUUUCCAUGGCGGAGGCGGAGCCGCAUGGAGCGGCGAAAGUGGAGUACCGCUCCUCUCCCUCCUCUCCGUCCACGUCCCUCACGCCGUCCCCGCCGCGGGCCGAGCCUGGCCAUGGAGGAGGAGGAGGAGGGUACGCUGCUGCGACGCCGCAUGCGUGGAGCUUUGGUGCCGAGCAGGAGAAGCCGAGCGAGGCCGGCGGCGGGGACAACGGCAACGGCAUGCAGAUGCCGGGGCACGGCGAGCACGCCGCUGGCUUGAGCUCCGGGCGGCGCAGGGGCCGGCCACGCGGCUCCGGGAGACGCCAGAUCCUAGCCACCCUAGGGGAAUGGUAUGCUCUGUCUGCUGGAGGGAGCUUCACACCCCAUGUCAUCAUCGUCCCCGCUGGAGAGGACGUGGCGGCGCGCAUAAUGUCGUUCUCCCAGAAGGGUCCACGCUCGGUCUGCAUCCUCUCUGCCAAUGGGACCAUCUCCACUGUGGCAUUUAAUCAGCCUGGCUCAUCUGGAUCAUCCGGUAGCACCUUCAACUACGAGGGUCUGUUUGAGAUUCUUCAGCUGACUGGCUCCUUCACAAUGGCCGAGGAAGGCCGGAGGAGGACCGGCGGGCUCAGCGUCUCACUUGCUGGCCCGGAUGGCCGUGUCGUUGGCGGCGUAGUGGCUGGGACACUCCGUGCUGCCACUCCUAUCCAGGUGAUUGUGGGGAGUUUCCUACCAAACAGUCUGAGGCAGCAUCAGAGGAGGAUGGGCCUGCAACAGCCAUCUGCGCCACUACCGGCGACUGCCGCCCCUCCUCCGGUGCUCACAGCUGCAAUGCCCAUAUCUCAGGCAGCUCCCGGCAAUGACCGCCAUGCGCCACCAGUCCCCGCGGCACCCCUACAAGCUCGUCCUAACAUGGAGCACGCUGCAACCACCGGGACCAUGAACCUGAACUCAAGCUCCACCGGUUUCACCAUGGUUGGUUGGCCUGUCAGCAGCGCGCAGCCUAUGAGGCACAUGCCAUCCCCUGAUAUCAACCUCUGCUUGACACCCCAGGAGUAGAAUUGGCUGCCAUUUUGAAUUGGUCUCCUCAUCCCUGACACUCUUUUUAGGCAUGGCUGUAACCUGCCAUGGUAACAAAUUAUGCUCUAUCCUAAUCUGGUAGGUCAGCAGUUCAACAUCGGGGGGAGAAGCUAGGCUAGAGCGAGGUCAGUCAAUUUAGCCCUAAUCUGGUAGUGUGAUAGAUCUUGGUCUUGAUGAUCCUUAAUUAGAACAGACUUGACAAUUUGUUCUGGUGUUCAUUGUGAUUUCUGCCAUUGCUGUAACAGUAACAGUAGUACCUUUUUUCUAUGGGAGGUUACUGUAGUACUCUAA